CUGCUCUGAGACAGCAGAGCCAUUCGCAGAGAAGGCCCAAUUCCGAGCUUGAGCUUCCCUGCAGGGUUUCUAGCCAACCAUGUCCGCCUCUCUGCCGGGUUCGCGAGACUUGCCGUCGUCGCAGUAUGACUUGUCGACGUACUAUGGCCGGGUGAGGCACACGAUGAGCAUCACGGAUCCAAGCACCUUGUUGGCCGGCUCGAGUGGUCUCGAAAAUGCCAAACGACUGGUGACGGAGUAUAAGACGGGAAAGCUGCAACACAUGACGCCGGAGCUGUGGAAGGCGAAGAAGAUUGUCGACUCGACUCUUCACCCAGACACCGGAGAACCAGUUUUCCUGCCGUUCCGAAUGUCAUGCUUCGUUCUUUCGAACCUGAUUGUCACGGCCGGCAUGCUGCAGCCCGGGCUGGGAACAGCAGGCACCGUGGCAUGGCAGAUUGCCAACCAAUCGCUCAACGUCGCCAUCAACAGCUCGAAUGCGAACAAGUCCUCUCCGAUGACGACCGAGACGCUUGCCAAAUCGUACGGAAUCGCCGUCACGGCUUCGUGCUCGGUGGCUCUGGGACUCAACGCAUUGGUGCCGAGGCUGAAGGUCACUCCCAGCACGAGGAAUGUCCUGAGCAGACUGGUGCCGUUCGCCGCCGUGGCCACUGCCGGAGCUCUCAACGCAUAUCUGAUGCGACGAGGAGAGAUUGUGACGGGCAUCGACGUCCGCCCGGUUCUCUCUGAAGAGGAGAAGAAGAAGCUGACCGAGGAGGGCAAAUCCGAGGCCGACGUCCCCUCGCUAGGCCGGAGUCGCAAGGCCGCCAAGAUCGCCGUCUACGAAACGGCCGCCAGCCGAGUUAUCAACAACACCCCGAUUAUGAUCAUCCCUGCCAUGACGCUCUACCACAUCCAGUACAAGCAGGCGUGGUACAAGAACCUGAUGGAAAAGGAGUGGCUCAAGGCUCGGCCGCGUCUUGCCCAGACCAUCCCUAUCGGCAUCAACCUGGGACUGAUUGCGGCGGUCGGCUUCGUGGCUCUCCCUCUAGCCCUGGCGGUGUUCCCCCAGAAGCAGGAGAUUAGCGCUGAUAGCCUAGAGCCCGAGUUCCAUGGCAAGGGUGGUAACGGCGGAAAAGUCUGGUUCAACCGUGGUCUGUGAGUGAAGGGCGACGUGGCUUCACUGUCCGGAUCUUUAGCAGCAACCUGGAUCGACGAGAUGCCAGCAUUUGUGAUUUUUGAUCGUACUUGCUCGAGCGUACACCGUUGGGCCUGGGCUCGUUUGAUCAACGACUUGGCGCCCUAUUCGAGCACACCCGCGAAUAUACACUCGGCCAUCUACGAAUACACAUCAAGACAAGACAUAGACGAAAGGGGGGGGGGGGGGGGGGUCGUAUUAGGCGUAGAGGAGCGAGGCUUGGGGGCCUGUUACCGACUGAGGAUGCUUGACCUUCUGAGAAGAGCGGCGUUUUGGGUUUUGGUAAGCGGCGCAAGGCUGAGCGCGUAGCAUCAAUGCCUCCGACCCUUAGACAUGCACGAUCAUGUUUAUACGGGAUCUUUGCUUGUGCUUUGUUGGCUUUUGUUAUGCGAAAGAAGUAGAAAAGAUAUCAAGAAGAGUAUUUUAUAGAUAGUUUUCUACAGAGCGAGCAUAAGAACUUGUUUCCGUGGGCG